AUGGGCGAUGACUCUGUGACCAGUGGAAAGGCGCACCAAGGUCCCACUGUCGUUAGUCGCAAAACAAGAGGCCAACAACUAAGGUUAUUCGGCAUGCCUCUCUCAAACCAAACCUGUCGUGUCGGAAUGCCUCAGUCGAAUGGCGAAAGAGAGUCGACGAGGGUCUGGCCGACGGGGAAAUCCCUGCACUCUGGCGUUCCCGAGGUCCAGGUACCUCGUAGUUGCUUCCGCCCCCUCCUGGAGUCAGGUACUUUGACCAGACCCUGA